AUGGCAUCAAACAUCCUUACCCUCACCCUCCGCCGCAGCCACCCCAUCUCCCUCUCCGCCGCCAUAACCCAAUACAUCUCCUCGAAAUAUGAUCAGCGGCCCGAAAUGUUUACUGAGGAUCUGCUGAUUAUCGACCGCCUGCGAAACGAUGCCAUCAACGUGGGGGAGCCGCAUGUGUCGGGCAUUAGUCGGCUGGUGACUUAUGCGGCGCAGUUGAAGUGGUUGGGGGGGAAGUUUCCUAUUGAUAUUGGCGUGGAGUUUUCGUGGUAUCCGGCUUUUGGGUUUAAUACGUCGAGGCCCGUCUCCCAAAAUAACCUCCGCUUCGAACUCGCCAACAUCCUCUUCAACCUUGCCGCCCUCUACUCCCAACUCGCCGUCUCCCUCAACAGCACAACCCCCGACAACCUGAAAACAGCAUGCAAAUACCUCUGUCACGCUGCCGGCGUCCUCGUCCACCUGCGCACAGAUAUCCUCCCCGACCUCCGCUCCUCACCACCAGAAGACAUGGACGAAAUGACCCUGCGGAGCCUCGAGGAGCUCCUUCUGGCACAGGCGCAGGAAUGCUUCUGGCAAAAGGCCGUCAAGGACGGGCUGAAAGAUGCCUCCAUAGCACGCCUGGCGGCCAAAGUGUCCGACUUAUAUGCCAACGCGGGUGACUGCGGCGUCAAAUCCGACGCCAUUAGCACCGAGUGGAUCCACCAUAUGACAGCCAAGCACCACCACUUCGCAGCAGCAGCGCAAUACAGACAGUCGCGCGAUUGCCUUGAGAAGCAAAAAUAUGGGGAGGAGAUAGUGCGGUUGCGCGAUAGCGUGACAUGCGUUAAUGAGGCGUUGAAGGAGAGCAGGUGGAUUAAUCGGGCUGUGCUGGGGGAUUUGAACGGGCUUAAGGAACGGGUUAUGGAGGAUUUGAAGAGGGCAGAGAAGGAUAAUGAUAUUAUUUACCUUACGCCUGUGCCUGCGAAGGCGGAGUUGAAGCAUUUGGAUCGGGCGAGUAUGGUUGCUGCCAAGGCGCCCAGGGAGGUGACGGAGGCGUUGGCGUUGGUUGGGGAAGGGUUGCCGUUGGGAAGGCCCUUGUUUGCGAAGCUGGUGCCGUAUUCUGUGCACGUUGCGGAGAGUAUUUAUGUGGAGAGGAGGGAUAGGUUGGUUAAUCAGGAGAUUGUGGGUGGGUUAGAAGAGAUGACUGCUAAGCUUAGGGAACUCCUCCAAUCACUCAAUCUCCCCGGUUCUCUCCAGGCUCUUGAAAAGCCACUCGGCCUCCCUCCAUCCCUACUCUCCCAUGCAGAAGAGAUACGUCAGCAAGACGGCCUGAAUCGGCUCCGUCUGUCCAUAAAAGACACCUCAAAACUCAAAGCAAACGAUAAGGCCAUCUACACCGAGGGUGUCGAGAUGCUCAUGGCCGAGAAGGACGAAGAUAACCGUGCACGCACCAAGUACGGCACGGACCGCUGGACACGCGAAGCCUCCGAAGUUGCUGGCGAGAAGCUGCAUGCCCGGAUGAAGGAGAUCGAGGGCUAUUUGGCAUCGGCGGAGAAUAGCGAUCGACUUGUUGAGGAAAAGUUGCGGGACACGGAGAGGGUGCUGCAGGUGCUUAGCGGGACGAAUAGAGAGAUUGAGACGUUUGUGCCCAGUACUCGGAAGGCGGCGAUGACAGAUGCCGUUGAGAGGGAGGCAGUGCGGUUGAGGGGUUGUUUGAAUGAGGUGUCUAGGUUGGAGAGUCGUCGAAGGAGGAGGGUUGAGGCGCUUAGGGAGAAAGCGAGGGGGGAUAGUAUUCAUGCCGCUCUCCUGGUUGAAACCGGCCGUCUCGAGCGGGACUUUCCCAUGCAACGAAUUGAGGCCAGCCAAUUCGAAGAUCUCUUCAGUGCACGGCUGCAAGAGUAUGAUGUGGACCGCAAAAUGCUCGGUGAGGACGAGGAAAAGGCCCAGGCGAAGAUUGCGGAGCAGCUGCUGGAGGCGAAUCGGAACUUUGUGAAUGCGCGGCGGGGGGAUUCGUCGACGAAGGAGCGCGAAAAGGCGUUGCAGGAGUUAGAGAAUGGGUAUGUAAAGUAUAAGGAGAUUAUUGGCAAUGUGGAAGUUGGGAGGAAGUUUUACAAUGACUUGGCGAAGCUGGUAGGGAGGUUUCGGGAUGAUUGUCGGGGGUUUGUGAAGGAGAGGAGGAUUGAGGCCGGGGAGUUGGAGAGAGACAUUACGAAUACUAUAGCAAUGGCGUCACUCAACAUUUCACAGAUCCAAAAACCGAAGCAAAAAACAUCACCACCUCCCGCAACGGCGGUUUCCACUGCACCUCCAGCAGCAGCAGCAGCGUCAGCCGCCAUUCAACAACAGCAGCAGCAGCAACAACAACAACAACAACAACCACUAUACCAAUCACCACCGCUCCAAUACCAUCAGCCAUACUACCAAAAGCCCCUCCAAAAAUCCCCUACCAAACCCAUCUGUUCAUCCACUCCAGGCUCAUACCCCAUCCAAACAGACUUCACCCCAUCAACAUCCACCACGUCUCCGGCUCAAACCCUAGCAUCACCCACAGCACCAUCAAGAGCACCAACUGAAGAACCCCUCGUGGCCCCGCAACCCAUCCGCGCCUCCAUCGUUCCACCACCAAGCACCCUUCCAUUUCCGCCACCGAUGCCAAUGCCCAUGCUCAAGUCAAUGCCUGUGGCAGGUAUGUGGUCCCCUGAGCGGGGGAUCAAGUUCGCGGGAGUCCCUGCUCCACAGAUGAAUGAGCAGACACAGCGGACGCGUGAACAGGCACAAGGGCAAAGCGACGUGGAGGCGCAGGAGGCAGCGCAGUUGAGGUCUCCGGUGCCGUUGACGAGGCAGAUGGCGAUGCCAGCGCCUGGGCAGUGGGAUCCGAGUCGGGGGGUUAGGUUUUCGUAG